AUGGAAGCAUAUGUGAAAGUUAUCAAAACAUUGGUCGAAGGCUUUGAAGAGUGCGAAAUCAUCCAGAUCCCGCGAGAAUCAAACACACAAGCUGAUUUCUUGUCCAAAAUUGGCAGUUCGUCCAUGGACUGCAGCGAGCGGAAUAUAACCAUAUUAUCAGCUAACGGACGUUUCUUAGGAAGUAAUGGUGAAAAACUUGUUGCAAAGGUAGAAGAUCAGGAAGAUUGGCGGACACCAAUCAUUACUUAUCUUAAAGGGAAUACAAUCUCAGACCGCCGCACGCGAGAACGAAUGGAAUACAAGGCCCGGCACUUCUAUUUAAUAGGCGAAACCCUGUUUAAGAGAUUGUACUCGCAUGUAGAUGCCAGAUGUCUAGGAAGCAGCGAAGCUGAGUAUGUGCUGAAAGAAGUACAUGAAGGAUGGUGUAGCAACCACGAAGGGGCGAGAACAAUAGUACAAAAGCUAUUGAGGGCGGGAUACUACUGGCCCACAAUGAAGAUGGAAGCCACGCAAUAUGUAAGACGAUGCCCUAAUUGCCAAGCACACGCCAUCGUAACCCAUGAAAAUCAUAUCGUCACCGUGCCCUUUCGCGCAAUGGGGGAUCGAUCUGGUGGGCCCCUUUACCAUGGCUAUUCGCAGAAAGAGUUCAAUGGUAAAAAGAUAACGGAAUGGUGCACAGAGAUGAAGGUCGCCCAACGCUUCACAUCUGUGGCACACCCACAAGCAAACGGGCAAGUCGAAGUAAUCAACAGAAUCUUGGUGGACGGCAUAAAGAAACGCAUGGAAAAGGCAGGCGGUAGUUGGGUAGAAGAAUUAGACUCGGUUCUAUGGUCUUAUCGGACAUCACCUAAAAGGGCUACCGGAGAGACACCUUUCAGUUUAGUUUAUGGGAUGGAAGCGAUUGUGCCUGCCGAGAUAGGCCUGGAAUCGUUAAGGGUUCGCGAAUAUGAUGACAAAGAGAAUGAAGAAAUGAUGCGAGAACAUUUAGAUAUUUGCUACGAAAAGAGAGAAGCAGCAAACUUGAAGAUGAGAGAUAGCAAAAAUCGCAUCAAAGUCAGCUACGAUCGAAGAGUCAAUCCGAGAAGUUUUCAAGUAGGCGAUCUCGUACUGCGGCGAGCCGAUGCACUGAAACCCACGGGUAAGUUAGAGGCUAAUUGGGAAGGUCCCUACACAGUAACGAAGGUCGCAGCGAGUGGUGCCUAA